GUGCACGGAAGGCCUCAGUGUCAGAGCAGUCCUAGGGCUUGCUCAGAGCAGGAGCACCCUGCACGUUGAGGCAUUUGUCAGUGGGCAGCUGCACACUGACAGGAGCCUUGUUUGUUCUAGUGUUGGAGCACAGCAUGCAAACUUGCACAGCAGUGCUACAAUGAUUCAGCAGCUUGCUGCUGCAGUGGUUACUGCUUAUGGCAUUACUUAUUCCGGCUAUUUUCUGACUCAACUGGCAAGUCACCUAAAGCAUGUAUUCAGGGGUGCUGCUCCUGAGGUGACAAAAGCAACAGCCUUCUCUCCUCUGGCUCCCUCUGCUCCUGGAGAAGAAGCCAAAGAGGAGCAAAAUGAGCAAGACGACCACAAGCGUCCAGCUGUGGUCACAGCACAACCUGAUCAUCCCAAGAGAGUCCUUGUAGAGAAAGAGCAGGCACAGACGGCUUUAUCAGAGAUGCCAUGCCAGGCUCAGGGAGAGCUGUUCCCAGCCCGAGAGCAGGAAGAGCAGCUCAGGCAGCAGGUGGAAGAGCCACAGCAGAAUGGCCAGGACAUCAAGGCAGAACAGCAAGCAGAGCUGCCUGAAGCUCAGAGUCCCAUCAUGGCAGUGAAGAGGAGGAAGAAGGAAGACAUGAGAAGAAUUCAAGAGGAGAUGGAUCUCCAUCAGCACAGGAGCGAUCGACAAAACCAGGUAAGUGAGAAAGUGGCAGCCACUCCACUCAUUAAACUUCCUCUCCAUUGUUGUCUACAGACCAUCAAGGAAGAUGUGCAGGCAGAGCUGCAGGAAUCUGAAGCUGGGAACAAGGCAAGGGAGAAGAGGCUGGAGGAAGAAAUGAAAAUCAUCAGAGAGGAAAUCAAUUGCCUCCCUCAGGCUCUACAAAAGCAAGUGCAAGUAUCGACAUCUCACCUGGCAGCCUGCGAAGACUUCCGAAAAACAACGGGCAAUGAAGAGCCCCAAGGCUGGCAUGAGGCACGUGAACAGUGCCCACCACAAGUGCUACAGGUCCAGCAAAUCAUGGGCUCUGGCACAGAAUCUUCUGCCACAGCAGCAUUACCUCCAGGAGCCCCUUCUGUCAAACCUGGGAACUCGAACUCGGGCAGUUCCUUCAUCUUUCCCAAACAGCAGACUGAGAAGAGGUACCUGGAGGUGCUGGGGAGAAUGGUGAACAUGGGAAAUCCCACGAUUAAAUACACUGAACUGGAACACAUUGGCAGCGGGUAUUUUGGAGAUGUGGUUAGAGCAGUGGACAAUGUCACAGGAGGAGAGGUGGCCAUAAAAAAAGUACAUCUAAAAGGACUGAAGAGGAAGCAACUAACCUUUAAUGAAAUCAUGAUCAUGAAGAAGUAUAGGAGUCCCAGUGUUGUGAAUUAUUUAGACAGCUACCUUCUGGGUGAGGAACUCUGGCUGGUUAUGGAGUACAUGGACGGAGGUGCUCUGAGCGACAUCAUCAGCAAGAGCUACCUGUCUGAGGAUGAGAUGGCAGCCAUCAGUCGGGAGUGCCUGCAAGGACUGGAUUUUCUUCACUCAAACUACGUGAUCCACCGAGAUGUGAAGAGUGAAAACAUCCUUCUCAGAACCGAUGGCUCUGUCAAGCUGGCUGAUUUUGGCCUCUCUACUCAGCUCACUCCUGAGCAGAGUAGACAGUGCUCAGUAGCCGGGACUCCUUGGUGGAUGGCACCUGAAGUGGUGACGCGUCAACCAUAUGGCCCCAAAGUGGACAUAUGGUCUUUUGGAAUUGUGGGAAUUGAAAUGGUAGAACAAGAACCUCCUUACAACAACCAAAGUCCAGCCUCGGUUAAACAACUGAUAGCCACAAUAGGGACCCCACAGCUGCUGCAUCCCAAGCUCCUCUCGGCUUGGCUGCGUGACUUCCUGAGCUGCUGCCUGCAGGAAGACGAGGAGCGGCGCUGGUCUGCCAAGGAACUCCUGCAGCAUCCGUUUGUAACAUCAGCCAAGCCAGCAUCCAUCCUGGCACCACUGAUCAUCUCAGUGAUGAAGAAGAGAAAAUAGGAGACGAGAAUGUAACAAUCAUGUCAAGAUAUAAUCUCCAUAUUUAGUUUAGAGUAGGAUUGUAGAGUAGGAUUGUUGAAGAGUUUUGUAGAAUAGGAUUAUAGAUUAGGAUUGGAAUGAAAUAAAGUUUUGGAAACAUUAA